AUGAUUCGAUCAGAAGCCCGAUUCGACGCGAAACGAAAGAAGACAGACUACAGGAAGACUCAGUUUGCUACAGCUACGUACAGGGAAAAUGACUACCCGCACAGACUGUCGCUCUAUGAUGUGCCGCCAACGCAGGAGAUCAGUCUUGAGGAGUUCGAGACAUGGGCCAUUGAUAGACUGAGAAUUCUCGCCGAGUUGGAGUCGUGCUCAUUCAGGAACCGGUCACCCCAAGAAACUGCCGCACACAUGCAGCCUAUGCUCAAGAAGUACCUACCACUCUCAAACAAUACAGCAGCCGCUGCAGGCCAGGUUGAUCAGAGACUGAAGGAUGAACGUCGAAAAGAUCAUUACUCUCACUACAUCCUCAGACUCGCCUUCUCAGGCACCGAGGAUCUGCGAAGACGGUUUGCCCGUAUCGAGACCAUGCUCUUCAAGUUACGCCUCGAAGAGGACGAUGGUCGAGAAAAGCGUGCUUUUGUCGACAGUCUGAACUUGAAUUGGGACCUUGUCACUCCCGAAGAGAAGAGAGCCCUCGGCGAAGAACUCCUGGGGGCCACGCCUGGUAUUCGGCGGCUCGACGAGGAGAAUUGGUUCAAGGUCGAUUGGACCAGAGUUCCAGAGCUGGUGGAGCACCGACGUGUUCUAAUCAAGAAGGGCAAAGCCUAUGUGCCACUGAAGGAGCAGACCAGCAUGAUCCUCACUGAAUUCACAAGCCGCCUAGACAAAGGCCUCGAACUGACCGCUCGACAAUUGCCGCGACUCGACGAGGACGACCGUCUAUCUCCUAUCCUGGACCACCUGUCCAAGAACUUCGCUACACCCGAUGCCGGCUUCUCCGACUCCGAUUCGUCUCUGGCAGGGGCUGCCAUCAAUGCUGCCAACAUUGACGCACUAUCACAACAUUUUCCGUUGUGUAUGAAGCACCUUCACACCACACUCCGCCAGAACAGCCACUUAAAGCACUUCGGCCGGUUGCAAUACACACUCUUCUUGAAAGGCAUCGGCUUGAGCCUCGAAGACUGCUUGAUGUUCUGGCGUCAGGCGUUUACCAAAAUCACCGAUGACACCUUCAAUAAAGAGUAUCGCUACAACGUUCGACAUGUUUACGGCGACGUGGGCGGGGACGCCAACCGCCGUGGUCGCGGCUAUUCUCCCUAUUCGUGUCAGAAGAUCCUCACAGAACACCCUCCAGGCACAGGUGAAGCACACGGCUGCCCGUACCGUCACUUCAGCGUUGAUAACCUAACGAGCAUGCUUCAAGCUACUGGAGUACAUGAUCGAGAAGUGCUCAGAGGUGUCAAGGAAGACGUAGAGAAGAAACGAUACCAUAUUGCAUGCAACCGAGUGUUCGAGUGGGCCCACAAAGGGGAGAUCAAGAAAGUCAAGGAUGAGGGUAUCUGGGGUGCUGCUGAACUUGACACCAUCGUGCACCCCAACACCUACUUCAAGCGGUCGUAUCUCUUGAAGAACCUAAGCGACGCUCCUAAGCAGGAUGUACGGAUGGAGGGAUAA